GUCCCGGUCCCGGGAGGAGGGCUGGAGCGCGCGGCGGUGACCCGGCCGUGCGGAAUGACUGCCCUGCGCCACAAAGGCAGGUCCCUGGAGGUCCGCCCUGGGAGGCACCGGCCAGUCCAGGCUGAGUACCCCGGGCCGGUGGCCGUGCCGAGGGACGUCCACAGGGGACCUCCGGGGAGCCCCCCCCUCCCCCCCCGCCGCGGUGAAGCCAAGCGUCGGCCUAGGCCUUAUGGGCGACGUGCGGGUGUGCAGCCCGCUGGGGCACAGGGCCGGCCCAUGGUCCUCCAGCUCACACCUGGGUUGUGCCCUGCGUGCUCUGGCCUUGGCAUGUGGAGACCGGUCUGGCCGCUGUCACUGUACCACCAGCUGGUGCUGCGGGAUCGCGGCUGCAGCUGGCGCGGUUGCGGGCUGUUGGCUUGGGGCACCCAGCCAUCAGGGCUGCAGUCCGCCAUGCGGAAGCCGAGGCCCUCCUGGUUGGUGGUGCCGCCGCAGCCUUGGAACAAGUCCCCUGUGAGGUGCGGGUGGCCCUGCAGCCUCUCCGCGGCACCCACGUCAUGGAUCCUGGCCAUCUGGGACCCCCAGGACGGGCAGCCACGGUGCCCUCAGCUCAGGCCGCGCCUGCCUCAGGCCCCUUCCCACGUGCCGGCCCCCAGCCUCUGCCAGGCCCUCGCGUCCUCCUGCUGCCCCGACACCACCUCUCCCUGUGGCUCCAGCGUGGCGCUCGCUGGCUGCCCUGCGAGGCAGCGCUGCUGCUGGCGCCCACCCGGGGCCGCCCCCAAGGAGCCCGCGAGGGGCCGCACGGCCACGCUGCCCUCCCCGGGCGCUGGCCGGAACCCCGCAGGACGCCCUGCCCCUGAAGAGAAGGCACAGUGA